CUCUCUUGUCCGGGUCAUGAUAGCCAGCGAAGAAACGCCUCUGAUAUCUUCAGCUGAAGAUCCUGUCGUACAAUCUGAAACAGAUGACAUCUUUCAGCGUUUCACCCCAGGCAAGAAACGAGCCAUCCUGGCUCUAGUAUCCUGGUCGGGACUGCUACCCUUUUUUGUCACUGGCUCGUUCGUGCCAACUAUUCCUCAAAUCGCCGAGGAGUUUAAUUCAUCAGGCUCUGUUAUAAAUUUAUCCGUAAGCUUCGCCUUGCUUAUGCUUGCCCUCGGAAACCUCAUCUGGGCGCGUUACUCAAGCUUCUAUGGACGAAGACCAAUUUUGGUAUAUUCGCUCCCGCUACUUUGUUUCUCGGCGUUGGGCGUAGCUAUUGCUAGAAGUGUCCCCGAGCUGAUUCUGUGGCGAAUGCUGCAAGCCUUCGCAGCGUCCGCCGGAAUGUCGGUCGGCGCCGCGGUGAUCGGUGACAUAUAUCGGCUCGAGCAGCGUGGUACUGCAAUGGGAGUGUUUUUUGCCUCAUGUUGCCUCGGUCCAGCAUUAGCCCCGUUCUGCGGCGGCCUGGCAGCUUACUACGCUUCCUGGCGAGCUAUGCAAUACGCCUUGUUCAUAAGUGCUGGGCUGGCCUUUCUGUUCAUGUACGCGUUUCUGCCAGAAACGGCCCAUCCUGGUACCACGGGUCUCCAACAUCAUCUGCGGGACCAAGGUUGCUGUGACUUGAACUGGAAGUGGGUAUGGUUAAAUCCUCUCAGCUCAUUACGGUAUAUAAGGUCUCCCAAUAUCCUGGCUGUGACUCUGGCUUGCGCUUUCACCUUGAUUACAGAUUAUGUUUUGUUGAUUCCUCUAUCAUAUACAAUUGGCGCGCACUACCACAUAAAAAACGAGGCUAUCAUCGGCGCUUUCUUCCUUCCGGCAGGACUGGGUAACAUUGUUGGGUCCCCACUGGCUGGAUACAUGUCGGACAAAAUUAUCGUUAAAUGGCGAGUUAAACGAAACGGUGAAUGGCUGCCCGAAGACCGCUUGAGGGCAGCGAUCCCUGGGCUUCUCGUUCUCGCUCCUCUUUCCAUCAUCGUCAGCGGCCUGAUCACGGAGAAUAUACCCGGACUGCCAGGAAUCAUUCUCAAUCUCUUCUGCCUGUUUAUCAACGGCGUUGGGAUCGACACCGUCUUUAGUCCCUGUUCGGCAUAUUUCGUAGACUUGCUGCAUUCGCGCAGUGCAGAAGUAAUGGCGGCGUCCAUGGGCGUGCGAGCGGCCGUACUUGCUGUAGCUUCAGCGUGCGUUUUGCCCCUGAUCAAUAUGAUCGGAGUAGCUACGACAAACACGAUAUUCGCCUGUUUCGCCUGGAUUGGUUUCGGGUGCGUGCUUACAUAUUGA